GUAAGUGUUGCUGCAAGAGGAAGCUGGGUGUACCUAUACCUGGCAAACAGUGACGAGAUAUUCGUAAUGGGAACUGGAGUUUCUGCUUUGACAAAGCCUUCACAUCUGUGGCAGGCCUAUAAAAGCCCUCAUAGGUCGUGUUGUCACCGGUUGGUGGAGUUUAAUCUGUGCUACACCGUACAGAAGAUGAAUAGUAAGGUAGGAGGGAAGGUCACAAGCGAAGAAGUCCUUCUAAAACGUCAACAGCACCUGCAGCGGACAAACAAAUGUCAUUACUUACAGGAUGAAGAAGCUGGCUGCUAAGCAGGAGGAGAUAACAAAAAAGAGCAAUGCAGUGAAGGAGAAAAUCAGGAAGAAGUACGAGGACAUGAAACGGGUCCUGGAUGAGGAUCUCCGCAUCACUCUGACCCAGCUGGACACAGAACACGAGGCCACAGAGAAGUUAGUGGAGGAGAGGAUAGAGGACUGUUACCAACUCACACAGGAGCUGAACCAGGAACUGGACAACCUUAGAGCCCUUGUGAAAAAGGACACACAAGACAUUGACAUUCAGAAUGCUGAAACAGAAAAAAGAGUGUCUGAGACGCUGAAGUUGACUGACCCUGACCUGAUUCAGAUGGAUGAGUUCAAGAAUGAACAGCUGCUGAGCAUCACCAUCAACCUGCUGCUGUUCAUCAGAUCCCAGGUCCCUGUCACCAAGAAACUGUUUCAGAGCUAUGCUGCAGAUGUCGUCCUCGACGCCGACACUGCCCACCCCAAGCUGAUCAUCUCUCCCGAGGGCGACUCAGCCACCUACACAGACACCUGGCAGGAUGUCCCUGAGACUCCCUCCCGCUUUGACAACACCCUAAACGUAAUCAGCAAGCAAGGCUUCAGCGAGGGCCGCCAGUACUGGGAGGUAGAGGUGAGUGGGAAGAGCUACUGGGAGCUGGGGCUCACCUACCCCGGCAUCCCGCGGCAGGGCCGCGAGGAGGACUGCUGGCUGGGUCGGGGCAAGGAGUCUUGGUGCGUGGAAUACUUUAAUGGGAACUAUGCCGCGUGGCACGGCGGCGUACAGCACGAGCUGCCUCUGCUGGCAGGAAAACAGUUCACUCGCAUUGGGGUGUACUGCAGCUUCCCAGGGGGGCUGGUGUGCUUCCUAGGAGCCGAUACCAUGACCCCCCUGCACUGCUUCUGUGCCGGGACCUUUGCCGACACCUUAUAUCAAGCGUUGUGUCCUGGUCACGACAAUGAAGGGACAAACUGGAAGGCCCUUAAAAUCUGUGACGCUUCCCGAUCAGCUCCUGUUCUCUGAGCUGGGAGCAGGAAUGUCUCAGGAGCGGGGCAGGUGGGGCAUGCGCAUCAGGUGCCCUAUCUGACAUUCUUGACUUGUGACAUAGCGUCAGCUCUGCAGACGUGUCAGGCCAGUCAAAAUACUUUUGAGGGAAUUUCUAAAGUCUGUCUCAACUUCAGAUUAGAAUCACCACUCAACGUUCAUUUCCAGGCGUUCAUGCUUUUUUAUAUAUAUAUAGCAGACAUACCAGAACUAACAUGACGUUGGAGCUGUCCUUUAUACUGUGGUUUAUUUUUAAUGCCAUGAUGAGUCAUCAUACCCAGAUUUCGCACUGCAAAAGACAGAGGUUGGCUUGGCAAAGAAAGAAAUAAUAAUGAAUAACUUUUAAUUUGGUAACACAGAUCUGUUUCUAACACACAAUCAAAAUUUUGGAUUUGUCCACCAUUAAGUAAAGCUGGUCCGCCUUUCAUACUUUUGAACUUCCACUAAAUCUUAUGUUGCAAAUAUAUACCAUUAAUAGUAAUGAGUAAUUUCCUAAAACAACUGGGCACUGUAAAAUUUUAUCAUGUUACUCAAACAGCAGUUAAUAGUGCAUUUGUUAUGGACUAUUUUUAGCUGUGGAUGAAUACACAUUUGGUGCUCAAGCGAGUAUUUACAACAGUGAAAUGGUGUAUGUGUGUGUAUGUAAUCUCAAAAUAAAUUAGAGUGCCUGCAUUUAUCAUAAUGAAGCAACAUGUCACUGAGUUCAACAGUGUGGCUCAGUGAUGUGUUUUAAUAGUUUUUGGAAAAUGAUAAGGGUCUAAGGCACAGAGGAAUAAGCUUUAUCAGGCUUUGUAUACACAGAUGUUUUAGUUAGAUCAAAUCAUUGUUGAUUUUGGUCUUUGGGAAAAUGAUGAGUAGUUCCAGCCUGUCAGUGAGAGUGAUGCAUUGAUACAGCUCAAAAAAUCCAGAAACAGCAGCCUUUCAAUGAGGUCCGUGUUUACACGUGCAAGAAAAAUGACACACAACUUAUUACACAAUAAAUUCUUUAUGUUUAAUACAAUAAAUGUUUACAUAAGCAUUCCUCUGUUUUGAAGGUUUUUUUUUUUUGGUUUUUUUGUUGUUGUUUUUUUUUUGACAAGGUAUUGCCCCAAAUUUAAAAAAAAGAAAAAAAAAUAUUGGGCCAGAUUAUAAUUUCAAUGUAAUUCAUUCAUUCAUUUUUCCAAAUAUUUUCAAAUAUAUUCCUGAGGACAACAGCAUUUAACACCAGAAAGCAUUUAAAAAUUUUACCCCUAAAGAUAAAUUUUUCCCUCUUUCAAUUCCAUUCCAAAACAAGUGGAGCAAACAUUCCUUUCAGCACAGGUUGGGCACCACAUCACUGAUCAGAGAUCCAUGUGUCGAGAGGACUCAAAGAUUUGUGGCUGUAUUGGACAAGGAUGGGGAAUGCCAGUAUCGAUCACACUCCUGGUUCCUAUAAAUAUUAUUUUAAGUGUUAUUAAAAUAAUUAAAAAUGAC